AUGGCCAAACGCAUCCUUCUCAUCAACGGAGUCAACCUCAAUCUCCUCGGCACGCGUGAGCCGCACAUCUAUGGAUCAACGACGCUUCCAAUGGUAGUCGAGCAGGCCAAGCAGCAAGGGUCGGCGCUGGGCAUCGAAGUCGAGGAUUACCAGUCGAACUGGGAGGGAGCCAUCGUAGACCGCAUCCACGAGGCGCGCGGCAAGGUGGAUGCGAUUGUCAUCAACCCGGGAGCCUUCACACACACCAGCGUGGCGCUGCGCGAUGCUCUGCUCGGCGUCAGCAUCCCGUUCGUCGAGGUGCACAUCACCAACAUCCACAAGCGCGAGGCUUUCCGCCACCACAGCUACCUGAGCGACAAGGCCGAGGCCGUCAUCUGCGGACUGGGCACCUACGGCUACACGGCAGCCAUUGACUUUGCCGCCAAGCACCUGAAGAUCGCCAACUAA